AUGAAGUUAAUUGCCAUCCUUUUCCUUUGUACCACGCUGCUAACAAGUUUAGCCCAAGGGGACCAACAGCAAGAAUUUGACUGCAAUGAUGAGGAUUUACUUAAGGCUGUGGAUGCAGCUCUGAGGAAAUACAAUGAUGGAAGCAAAAGUGGCAACCAGUUUGUAUUGUACCGCAUAACCGAAGGCAAUAAGACGGUAGACCAUGACGUAUUUUAUUCUGUCAAGUAUGAAGUGAAGGAAGGCAACUGUUCUAUUCAAAGUGGCAAACCCUGGAAGGAGUGUGACUACAAAGAAUCUGAGCAAGCUGCCACAGGAGAAUGCACGGCCACCAUAGGGAAGAGGCAUCGGGAUAGGGAUUUCUCCGUGACAACCCAGACCUGCCACGUUACUCCAGCCAAGGGCCCUGUGGUGACCUCCGAGUAUGAAUGCCAUGGCUGCGUGCACCCCAUAAUAACAGUCCCCCAUGACUUGGACCCUGUUCUGAGACAUGCCAUUCAACAUUUUAACAACCACAAUAAUCAUUCCCACCUCUUUGCUGUGAAAGAAGUCAAAAGGGCACAGAGACAGAUGGUGUCUGGAUGGAACUAUGAAGUUACUUACUUAAUUGAGCAAACUAAUUGUUCCAAGGAGAAUUUUAAAGUCUUAACCCCAGAGUGCAAGGCUCUUCCCAAUGGUGAUACUGGUGAAUGUACAGAUCUUGCAUACAUGGAUCCUCGGCUAAGAAUUGCUUCCUUCUCACAGAAGUGUGAGGUUUUAUCAGAAAAGGAUUUUCUAUUUUCACCUAAUUUAAAUUGCCGUGGCUGCCCCAAAGAGAUACCAGUCGACCACCCAGAUCUGAAGGGGGCUCUUUCUCAUUCCAUUACAAAGCUUAAUGCAGAGAAUAAUGCAACUUUCUAUUUCAAGAUUGACAUUGUGCACAGAGCAACAUCACAGUUGGUAGCUGGGACAAAAUAUUUUAUUGAGUUCACGGCCAGGGAGACCACAUGUUCCAAGGAAAGUACUAAAGAGUUGACGGAAAGUUGUGAGACCAAUAAACUUGGGAAAACUCUAAGAUGCACUGCUGAUGUUUAUGAGGUACUUUGGGAGAAUAAAAUUGAAACUACUGUCAAAUGUCAAUCACCAGGAAAGAAGCAACUAAAGCCCUGCGUGUUCAAGGGCCAACCUCGGGAUGCAGGAGCAGAGCCAACAUCUGAGAGUUAG